UGUGGCCUACGCUUCGCCGCCGUUGCGGUGUUAGCAACUUGGACAGCGAGCGCAUUUACCAGCGCGGACACUUGAUUUUGAUAUAUUUAUACAAGUGUAGGUUGUCUGUACACUGUCAACCCUGAGCCAGUAUGCCUCCGAAGAAACCCGUCCAAGCCACGGGAAGUAAAAAGACUCAAGAAAAGAAAAAGGAAAAGAUAAUUGAGGACAAGACUUUUGGCUUAAAAAACAAAAAGGGAGCCAAACAGCAAAAGUUCAUAAAGAAUGUUACACAGCAGGUGAAGUAUGGCCAACAGAGUGCACGACAGAUGGCCCAGGCUGAAGCUGAUAAGGGCAAAAAAGGUGACAAAAAGAAAGAGUUGGAUGAACUAAAUGAGCUCUUCAAACCUGUAGUUGCUGCUCAGAAAGUUAGCAAAGGUGUGGAUCCAAAGUCAGUUCUGUGUGCGUUCUUCAAGCAGGGCCAGUGCACAAAGGGAGACAAGUGCAAGUUCAGCCAUGACUUGUCCAUGGAGAGAAAGUGUGAAAAGAGGAACAUGUAUGUUGAUGAAAGGGACGAGGACCUGGAGAAAGACACUAUGGAAAACUGGGAUGAGAAGAAGUUGGAGGAGGUGGUAAAUAAGAAACAUGGCGAGGCUGAGAAGAAAAAGGCCAAAACACAAAUUGUGUGCAAAUAUUUCCUGGAGGCCAUAGAGAGUAAUAAGUACGGCUGGUUUUGGGUGUGUCCAAAAGGAGGAGAUACCUGUAUGUACCGUCAUGCACUUCCACCUGGCUUUGUGCUGAAGAAAGACAAGAAAAAGGAAGAGAAAGAGGAGGAGAUCUCACUGGAGGAGCUCAUCGAGAAUGAGCGCUCGGCUCUAGGUCCAAAUGUCACUCGAAUUACGCUGGAAACUUUCCUGGCUUGGAAGAAGAGAAAAAGACAGGAGAAGGUGGACCGGGCCAGGGAGGAGAUGGAAAAGAAGAAAGCCGAUUUCAAAGCUGGAAAAUCCCUGGUGGUGAGCGGGCGCGAAGUGUUUGAAUUCCGGCCAGAGCUGGUGGAUGACGACGACGCUGAAGCAGAUGACACGAAAUAUGCUGAUGAAGAGGAGGAGGAGGAGGAGCAGGAAGCAGAGGUGGAUGCUGCUGUACAGGACAUAGAUCUGUCCCGUUUUGUUCCACAAGAGGUUGACAACACGGGCAUUACCGUAGCCUCGGUAGACCGCUUUGCCUCCAAAAACGCGCCAACGUCAGAAACUGAUGAGCAGCUGAAUGGAGCAUGUGGUGGCGAGACCAACGGCCUUUCUGGAGGAGAGGAGGGCGGAGGUGAGGAAGAGGUACCUGUGGAUGAGAACCUGUUCACUGGAGAGGACCUGGAUGAGCUAGAUGAGGAGCUAAACACCCUGGACCUUGAGGACUGAGAGUGGGACUAACAGACUGCUGCAUGGAGCUAUCAGACACUAUAAUUUUAUCAGACUAAAUAAAGCCUCAUUACUGGAAGAUGAGUGGCUGCCUGCCCCUCUGUUCUGUAAUGCCAUGCCCCUCACAACAGCUCACGAAUGUCUGAGAUACAUCUGUUUAAUGUGAAGUCCAAAAGAAGGGGUUCAUACAGUUCUACGGUUGUGAAAGUGAGAAGAAAGAGAAAUGCUUUUACUGGGAUAAACUCUUUGGCUCCGGGGCCUAAGUGAGACCAGUGUGAGCACUGUAGAAUCAAGCCCAUGUGAUGAUGAUCCUAGUGCCAGCCCAGCUCGGAAAACUGCUGUUGGAAAAUAAAUGUCAUAAUUCACUAAAAUAUGUUCUGCCACCUGUAGUGGUGCUGUGAAUUGUUCCAUUUCAUCCCUGCUGACCACCAGAGGGUGCACAAGUAUUCAGUGCUUUAAUACACUGAAAAUAAGGAUUUAUAGAACCCUAGUUUGUACUUUUGUUGGCCUUCCUCUACACGCCCUUUAAAGCUAAUUGAUAUCUAAUGAUUUUAUUUCCUCCCAUCCCACUAAGUUAGUUUUUACACAGAAGGCCAAAGUCUUAAAUCCUUAAUCUUGCUUUCAUCAGCAUUAAGACGUUUUAGUAAGAUUUUACAGUGAAAAAAGGUCUGUCCUUUGUUCACAUGGUUUAUCUGCAAUAAUCAAAGGGUGGACAUUUUUUUUUAUUUACUAAAAAAUGAAUAAGACUCAUGAAGAUGGACUCAUAAAAAAUGUUAAAGCAAAGUUUUAAAAUUUGAAAUGUUUGGCUGUUUUCUCUAGUAUUUUCAAACUUGUCAAUCAGAAAAAGUUUGGAAAAAAAAAAAAAGCACAAUGUUUAGAUCUAAAUUCAGUUAAUGUCUCAGCCGUACUAGUUAGAUAAUAGCUAACUGGAGUUGUAAAUUUAAUGUAGAAAUGUAUGAAUGAAGAUGGAUCAAAUCGGACUAACUCAGGUGUGACUUAAUUGUAUAAACUCUGGAAGACAAAGUAGAGACAGACAGGGAAUGGUAUGUUUAGAGGGUCACAUUUGGGAGUGGCAUACAUCCAGACAGGCAUGUCAUGCAUAAAGCAGAUUUAAUUACAGCACUGGUUCACAAAACAGAUUUUUCAUCUUGAAGCUUUUCAAAUUGAGAAAUAAAGACAUUGCACAAAAUGUA